UACAGUAUUUAUACAGAAUAUAUGCUCAACACAAAUAAAAAAAAAAGUAAAACGUCAACAAUAUGUAAUUGUGUAAUGUGUAACAUAUGUGUGUUAUUAUUAUUCAAUUAAUUUACGGAAAUAAUUUUUCUGAUUAAUUAUAAUUUAAAUAAUAAAAACAUAAUGAGUGAUUUAACACGUAAAAUUAAAAAUCCACUUCUGACUGCUGCUGGUCAAGGAUUUCCAUUUGAAGAACAUGAAAUCCCAAAUUUAUUGAUACCUGUGGCACAACCUGUGUUAACCUCAACUUCAAUAAUUCAAGAUGGUAAUGCCAAUCCAACUUCAGUAUUUCCAAGUGGGGAUACUAAUGUAUUAUCUACAAUUGAACUCAAUGAUAACAGAGAUGGAUCAAAUAAUAUAAUAACAAAAACAGAAACUUUAUCGGAAAUUUCAUUGAAUGAUCAAACUUAUGAUGAUAAUUUUUCUAAUAGUAAGAAUAUUGUCGAGAGUAUUGAUAAUUUGAAUAUUAAUCCUAUCACUCCGCCGCUAACGUUGCCAUCACUAACAAAUGUACAAAAUUCAAAUUAUCGUCUUGGUAAUCAACGACGUCUAAGAUAUGUGCCACCUCCUAAUUUAACGUCAUCAAUUCAAGCACCAACAUUACAGCCACCGAUAAAUCAAUCACUCACCAGUAACUUGCCACCGAGUUUAAAUACACAGGAUAUUUUUAUACCACCUCAACCACAAAAUCAAAACAUCGAUGAUAAAUUAACUUCGGUACCUUUGAACGACUUUACUCAGCCAAAAUUACCACAUCAUCAGGUACCACACCAAGAAACUAUUCCUGCAUUAAAUAUCAACCCUGCUCAACAAAGUUCAACAAAUUUAACGCAUCAAUCAAGUGGACUGUCAAAUUAUUUUUCAAUUCCUCCAUCAAGUAGCAAAGAUGAUUUAUUUAAUUACAAGUAUGAAAACCAGUCACAAGUCACACCUAAAAAUUUGUUUACUGAUUCAAACCAAUUACCAGUUCAAUCUCCUUACAAUUUAAUAAAAGAAAAUCCUGGUUUCGCUCCUUUAACUGCUGAAAAUAAAAACUCCGUUUUUACAGCGAAUGAUGUACUUAGAGAUAAUUCAUUAAACAAAUCGAGCAUCGACGUAAAAAGUAAUUCAGAAUCUUAUUUAAAUACAGAAAUAACAGUUCCCUUUGUACAAGAUGAAACAGACAACGAAAAACGCAAUCUAAUUAAUACUGAGACUUUACCAAGCAUACAAACUUAUCAAGAGUCAAUAAGAACUUCAGAUUCAUUAGAAAACCAAUCAAAUUAUCCGUUCAUUUACAAUCCGACGAGCUACAAUUUACCAACUUGCCAAGUCUCGGCAUCACCAACUUUUUCAUUUGACUCAACAACAUCACCGUCAGUAUUCACAACAGCCAGCGAUCGACAAGCCGUAGAACAACCAGCUUUCAUAAAUUGUAUGAUGCCAGAGCCAACAGGCACUGCAACAUUGAAUCCAACCCAAAUAUCUGUCAGUCAAUUAGCACCAGGCCGUGUACAUACCGAAACAAUUAUUCCAUCGAGCCUAGAAAAAUUAGCAACCUCAGCAACAAAAAUAAUGACUUACCGUCCAGUUUAUUACCACUGGUUCAACUGCCGUGAAAUAGAAAACAAAAUAAUAUGGCAUCCAUUCUCUAUGCACGACAGUUUGAAAUUGGAAGAGGUAUUCAAUUCAACUGAAAUCGAUGCUGAUACCAAAGUAGCUACCGAUGGCGGUCGUUAUGACGUCGAAAUAGUCAAGCGCCAACGAAGUCCCGUCUAUUGGUCUGCAACGCCUACGCAAGUAAGAAGAUGCUCGUGGUUUUACAAAGGCCCUUCCGAGUCCCGGUACACUCCUUACGAGGAGUCGGUUGCUGCUAGACUUGAAGAAGAGUACAAACAAGCUUGUCUAAGUGAUUCCUGGAAUCGACGUAUUGAGCUUAACAAUAAUGAGCAUAUUAUUUUCCAUAGUUCUACUAUUCAAGUUCACUAUAUGCCUGUUACUUCACCGGAAUUCAAUUCAUCAUGGAGCAAUACUUAUGCGGUUUCAAAUAAACCAAAAGUUGUAAAACGUGGAGUAGAUGAAUUUAAUAUUGAUGAUGGUGAACCGGAAAAAGUAGAUCAUCUUCUGUUUCUUGUCCAUGGAAUUGGUAGUGCGUGUGAUUUAAAAUUCCGCAGUGUUGAAGAAGUUGUGGAUGAAUUUCGAAGUAUAUCCCUUCAAUUAGUACAAACUCACUACCGUACGGCAAGUAUUCAUGGUGCGGUGAACAGAAUAGAAGUUUUACCAAUAUCAUGGCACUCUACGCUGCACUCUGAAGACACGGGGAUAGACAAUAAACUAAAAACAAUAACAUUAGAGAGUAUACCCAAGCUAAGGCACUUCACGAAUGAUACACUGCUUGACAUACUUUUUUAUACGAGUCCUGUUUACUGUCAGACGAUUAUGCAGACGGUUGGCAAUGAAAUGAAUAAACUAUAUGCAUUAUUUAAAGAAAGAAAUUCACAAUUUGAUGGCAGUGUUUACUUGGGUGGUCAUUCGCUUGGUAGUUUAAUAUUAUUUGAUUUACUUUGUCAUCAAAAACCAAUUGCUGAAAAACCGCGGGAAGAUGUUACUUCGACUGAUGAAUAUGAAAAUUCAGAAGAUGAAGACACUGUCGGUGAAAUGCAAACAAUACCACGAGCAAAAUACCAGCGACGUACAAGUCGUAGAAUUAGUUAUGUAAUGGGUAGUGCUGGAACUGGACAACCAUUUAUUGUCUAUCCUCAUUUAAAUUUUUAUCCAAAAGCAUUUUUUGCAUUUGGUAGUCCUGUUGGAAUGUUUGUUACGACUCGUGGUAUUGAUACUUUAGGAGAAAAUUUUAGAUUACCAACUUGUCCGGCAUUUUUUAAUAUUUUUCAUCCAUUUGAUCCAGUUGCCUACAGAAUUGAGCCUAUGGUUAAUAAUGAGGCCUAUAAAUACCGACCUCAAUUGAUUCCGCAUCACAAAGGAAGAAAACGAAUGCAUUUAGAAUUAAAAGAAACGAUGGCAAGAGUUGGAGCUGAUUUGAAGCAAAAAAUUUUAAAUUCAAUGAAAAGCACGUGGAAUUCAGUGUACCAGUUGACUAUGUUUUAUCAACCAGACAAUAAAGUUCUUGAACAAGAGAUUGACAAAGUUGUUGAGGAGGAAUUUAAAAAAUCAUCAAGACUUGCUGAAUCAUCAGUCAAUAGCAAUAAUGAUAAUGAUGACAAUAGUGAAUCGAGCGCUCGUUAUUACCAUGAGGAUCGUUUGAGUGAUGAUGGUGAAAUAAAUAUUAAAAUGGGUAAAUUAAAUGGAGGCCGUCGUAUUGAUUAUGUGCUGCAAGAAGCACCAUUUGAAUAUAUUAAUGAAUAUAUAUUUGCCUUAACGAGUCAUGUGUGUUAUUGGGAGUCUGAAGACACGAUGUUGUUGAUACUAAAAGAGAUAUACGGGACCAAUGGAAUCCAAGCUGAUGCGCAAAUGCCACAACAGCUGUUGACACCGACCAGUGUGUCUUUUUCAUCAACAGAAUCUCUGUCUUCGCCACUAUCCGAGCACCCAUCCGCCUCGACUAGUGUCCUCGCGUCUCAUUCAACAACACCACCACUGCAGGGUGUCGAUCCAACAGCUCCUAUCACCCAAAAAUCCGUUGGACCGCCUCCCAAAUCUGGUUUUGUUCGAAAGUCAUAGAUUAUGUCAUUUACUUUUUUGUUAAAUUUACUCUUAAAACAUUUAAAUUUAUUUCUGUUAUUUAUGACAGCAAACGAAGUAAAGUAAAAAACGUUUCGAUUAUUUAUCAAUUAAAUUUUUUUCUUGUUCACUUGAUCGUUAAUUAUUUUUAUAGAUCAAUUUAAAUAUAUACAUAUUGACUAGUAAUUAAUAAAUUCAUUUAUUCUUAAAUAAUGUUAUAUAUUUAACUUUUUUUUUUUCAUAGUUUAUUUUUAUUUUUA